AAUCGGUUUCUAACUGCAAAUCCUCAAAACCAUACCUCUCUCUCUCUCUCUCUUUCUCCGUGCCUACCUUUUCUUUUUGCACUUUCUACACAGAACAGACAGUUCGCCCUUUUUUCACUCAAUUCAUCAUACAUAGCCUAUUAUUGUUUAUAUACAUUUUUAUAAACUUUUAGAUAAUUUAGAAGUCAUACAUAUUAUAUACUCUCUCUCUCAUUAUCUUUUGCUUGAAGUUGCUUGAUUGGAAGCAAGAAAAACAAAAACAAAAAAACGGGGCGAGAAGGGAUAGAGAUGGCGAGGAAUGAAUGGAUAAACGGGUACUUGGAAGCGAUAUUGGAUGCAGGAGCAGGGAGAGGAGGAGUUCAUGGCAACAACAGUAGUAGUAGUGGUAAUGAAAAGAAAAGGUUUGAAGAGAAGUUGAGACUUGAACAGUUUGAUCAUGAUAUUGACAAAGAGAAGGGAGACAAUAAGCUCAUCAGUACCACCAAGUACUUUGUUGAGGAAGUUGUUAAUGGCUUUGAUGAGUCUGACCUCUACAGAACUUGGAUCAAGGUAAUAGCUACAAGGAAUACUCGUGAACGCACCAACAGACUUGAGAAUAUGUGCUGGCGUAUUUGGCAUCUCGCCCGUAAAAAGAAACAGAUAGCUUGGGAUGAUGAGAAAAACCUUACAAAACGACGACGAGAGCGGGAGAAAGGGCGCAAGGAUGCUGCAGACGACCUUUCUGACCUUUCUGAAGGCGAAAGGGAGAAGGGUGAUAUCAAUCAAACAGAAUCUCCAUCAUCAGAUAAGAUUCCCAGAAUUACCUCCGAUAUGCAAAUCUGGUCAGACGACCACAAAUCUGGGCGCCUCUACAUCGUCCUAAUUAGUCUGCAUGGAUUGGUGCGUGGAGAAAACAUGGAACUUGGAAGAGAUUCAGAUACUGGUGGUCAGGUGAAGUAUGUAGUAGAGCUUGCACGAGCACUGGCCAACAUGAAUGGAGUUUACCGUGUUGACCUUCUGACUAGACAAAUCUCCUCAUCAGAUAUCGACUCUAGCUAUGGCGAGCCCAUUGAGAUGUUGUCAUGCCCAUCUGAUGGGACAGGUAGUUGUGGUGCCUACAUCAUCCGCAUCCCAUGUGGACCUCGCGAUAAGUACAUGCCAAAAGAAUCACUGUGGCCUCACAUACCAGAAUUUGUGGAUGGGGCUCUAGGCCACAUUGUCAACAUGGCAAGAGUUCUAGGAGAACAAGUGGAUGGCGGGAAGCCGACAUGGCCUUAUGUGAUUCACAGUCACUAUGCCGAUGCAGGGGAAGUAGCAGCUCGCUUGUCAGGGGCAUUGAACGUGCCUAUGGUCCUAACAGGGCAUUCCUUGGGACGGAACAAGUUUGAGCAAUUACUUCAACAAGGGAGGCUGUCUAGGGAGGACAUAAAUUCAAUGUACAAGAUUAUGAGGAGGAUUGAGGCUGAAGAGUUGGCGUUGGAUGCUGCGGAAAUGGUGGUAACUAGCACAAGGCAAGAGAUUGAUGAGCAAUGGGGUUUAUAUGAUGGGUUUGAUGUCAAGUUGGAGAGGAAGCUUAGGGUUAGGAGACAGCGUGGAGUGAGUUGUCUUGGCCGACACAUGGCAAGGAUGGUGGUUAUACCACCGGGGAUGGACUUCAGCUAUGUCACAUCACAAGAUUCAUUGGAAGGUGAUGGAGAUCUUAAGUCGUUGAUUGACUUUGAUAAAAACCAAAACAGAAGGCACGUACCUCCAAUAUGGUCCGAGAUAAUGCGAUUUUUCAUAAACCCUCACAAGCCUAUGAUCCUUGCAUUGUCUCGUCCAGACCCUAAGAAAAAUGUGACCACUUUGCUCAAGGCUUUUGGAGAAUGCCGACCACUUAGAGAACUAGCAAACAUGACCCUAAUACUUGGUAACAGAGAUGACAUAGAGGAGAUGGCUAACAGCAGUUCAGCUGUUCUUACAACAGUACUCAAGCUCAUUGACAAGUAUGAUCUGUAUGGUCAGGUAGCAUAUCCCAAGCAUCACAAACAGUCAGAUGUCCCUGAGAUCUAUCGCCUGGCUGCAAAAACGAAGGGAGUUUUCAUCAACCCAGCCCUUGUUGAACCAUUUGGCCUGACACUCAUAGAGGCAGCUGCUUAUGGUUUACCUAUUGUUGCCACAAAAAAUGGUGGGCCUGUGGAUAUUCUCAAGGCACUCAACAAUGGUCUUCUCAUCGAUCCACAUGACCAGAAAGCCAUAGCAGAUGCCCUCCUAAAGCUUGUAGCUGAUAAAAACCUCUGGGUCGAGUGCCGCAAAAAUGGCCUAAAGAAUAUCAACCGCUUCUCAUGGCCAGAACAUUGCCGCAACUACCUUUCCCAUGUUGAAAAUUGCAGGAACCACCAUCCUACAUUCCGUCUUGAGAUCAUGCCUAUGCCUGAAGAACCCAUGAGCGACUCACUAAGGGAUGUGGAAGACCUUUCUUUAAAAUUCUCCAUUGAUGCAGACUUCAAGCCUAAUGGAGACCUUGAUACAGCAAAUAGACAAAGCAAACUCAUUGAGGCCCUAACCCAAAUGGCUUCCUCCAAUGGCCAUUCCAACAUUAGUUACUGUCCAGGAAGAAGGCAGGAGCUAUUUGUUAUAGCCACUGAUUGUUACCAUAGGGAUGGUGUGUGCACUGAGACCUUACCAUUAGUCAUCAAGAAUGUGAUGGAGGCUGCAGUUUCGAGCUCAAGCCAGAUAGGAUUUUUAUUGUUGACAGGUUUAACUUUACUUGAGACAAAGGAAAUAUUAAAACGUAGCCAUGUACGUUUGGAAGAUUUCGAUGCUUUAGUCUGUAACAGUGGAAGUACACUAUACUAUCCAUGGAGGGAUUCUGUAGCUGAUAUGGACUAUGAAGCCCAUAUUGAGUACAGGUGGCCUGGUGAGAAUGUACGAUCGAUGAUAAUGAGACUUGGCAAGGCAGAAGAUGGAGAAGAGGAUGAUAUUUUGGAGUAUCCAGAUGCAUUUAGCUCUCGUUGCUAUUCUUACAUCAUCAAACCAGGAGCCAAGACUCGAAGGGUUGACAAACUGCGCCAGAAGCUGCGGAUGAGAGGAUUGCGAUGCAAUAUUGUCUACACUCAUGCUGCAUCCAGGUUGAAUGUCGUACCAUUAUUUGCAUCAAGAGCCCAAACACUAAGGUAUCUGUCAGUGAGGUGGGGUAUUGAUCUUUCCAAAAUGGUAGUGUUCGUUGGGGAAAGAGGGGAUACAGACUAUGAAGACCUGUUGGUUGGCCUUCACAAGACUGUUAUUUUAAGAAAUUCUGUGGAAUUUGGCAGUGAGAUGCUUUUGCGCAGUGAAGAAAGUUUUAAAAGGGAAGAUGUAGUCCCUCAAGUUAGCCCUAGCAUUGCGUUCAUUGAGGGUCAUGAAGCUCAUGAUAUCUCUGCAGCUUUAAAGGCUCUACAGAUCUUGUGAUUUUUACUUUAACACUAUCACUUAUGGGAUGAAGGGUUCAUGUUAUACCUUCAUAGAUAAUGCAGAAAUAAGUACAUAAUUACAUAUAUAAAGAAAAUACAAAUCCAAUUUGAUGUAAAGAUUUACAAGUUUUGCAUAUUGACAUUAUCAUUAUAUGAGGCACUCGUGAAACAAUUAACUUCUCCAGCAACAA